CUUGUAGGUCAGCUUUUUCUCGUUAGGUGACCUAAGUUAACGGCUUGCUCUCAGUCUCCGGUUCGACAGUCCUCAGAACCGAAACAGCCAAAUCCUCCGGUGGAUAUCCGACCCGAAUUCAAGAUACUGUCUUUAGAGAGGAUUUUACAGGCACGGACAUUGAGCAUUUCUUCGAGGGUAGUCUUAAACAAUUGCUACUGUAGAAGAACAGGAAUUCUGAUAGCUGUUGCAUCCAUUGGGGAAUGUGGAUAAGAUGUGCCAUCAAAAUUCUUGUGUUCAUUCGUCUGUAGAAGAGGCAACUGCAGCUGAAGAGACUCUCCUGAUAUAUUGCAAGCCCGUUGAACUAUACAAUAUUCUCCGUCACCGUGCUAUAGACAAUCCUUCAUUUCUUCCAAGAUGUUUGCAUUACAAAAUACAAGCAAGGCGUAAAAGGAGGUUGAAGGCUGGAAUUGUAAUAUUCAACUAUAGGGACUACAACAACAUGUUACGAAAGACUGAAGUAAUUGAGGACUUCGCUUGUCCAUUUUGCUUGAUGCAAUGUGCAAGCUUUAAGGGUCUGCGGUAUCAUUUGUGCUCUUCUCAUGACCUAUUCAACUUUGAGUUCUGGGUAACUGAAGAGUAUCAGGCAGUGAAUGUCUCUGUGAACAUUGAGAUAUUGAGAUCUGAGACAGUAGCUGCCGCAGUGGACCCACAUCCGCAAACAUUCUUGUUCUGCUCAAGGCCACGAAGGCGUAGGCGAACGGACCCUGAUCAAAAUGAAAAGCGUGGUAAUGUACAGUUCCUGGAGUUGGACUCACCCAGACUAGCCGGGGAAGGCUUACACAAGGGGUUUUUGGAGAAGGAUGAUGAUGUUCAAUCCUGUAAAGGUGAGAAGAUUUCCAAGUCAUUCCCCAGUGAUGAAGACAUGCAGAAUGGAAGGGUUGGAGGAGGAAACUAUGGUCCUGAUUAUCCCAGUGCUAUUGGGUGCAUAGAGCGAGUUGCAUCCAGUUCUAAUGUUCCCGGUGUUUCAAUUGCCACGGCUCAAUCUUCUGUGGACCCUGAAUUUGUAAAAUCACUAUCUGUAAGUGAUCCUGCAGUCCCUGCUAAAGCAAGGAAAUUAAACGUGGAACGGUCAGAUUCUAGAAGCCGUGUCCUCCUGCAGAAACGACAGUUCUUUCACUCUCAUAGAGUUCAGCCUAUGGCAUUAGAUGAAGUACUUUCGGAUCAGGAUAGUGAAGAUGAAGUUGAUGACGAUGUUGCAGACCUUGAAGAUCGAAGGAUGCUUGAUGAUUUUGUGGAUGUUACCAAAGAUGAAAAGAAGCUUAUGCAUCUUUGGAACUCAUUUGUAAGAAAGCAAAGGGUACUGGCAGAUGGUCAUGUUCCCUGGGCAUGCGAGGCAUUCUCGAAGCUUCAUAAACAAGAGCUGGUCUCAUCCCCAGCACUCUUUUGGUGUUGGAGGCUAUUCAUGAUCAAACUUUGGAAUCAUGGUCUUCUUGAUGCCUGCACAAUGAACAACUGUAGUUUAAUUCUUGAAAAAUGCCGAGAUGAGGGACCAGAUGUUAUGAAAAGCUAAAGAGGAGAUGAUUAACUUCUUCGGCCUUAAAGAGAACAAAGAUUUCUUUUACAUUAAUUUUUUUCCUCCAACUAUUCUUGCCUAUUUGUCAAUCAUAAUUAGACCAGAAAUGUAAUUCAUAUUCUUUUGCAUACAAAGAAGUGCAUCGAGGGCUGUCCCUUGGUGCUGUAUUCUUAUUUAAACGGGCCUCAUUUUUUAACUGUGGAGAAAAGAAUUCAAAUAAGUUUAGUUUGGCCUUUUCAACCCAUGGGUGGGAUAACCGACACCCUAAUCCUAAUCUUGUCAUUUCUUUCUUAUAGAAUUGAUUGUAAAAUAUGUUAUAGAUCAGUUCCUGUUUUCUUUUCCCU